GGGGAGGGGGCGUGGCCAGCCCGCCUUCCUGCUCCGGUGCCGCCUGAGGACGCGGCUCCUGGUCCGCGACCACCGCAGCGGGAGCGAGGGGACCCCCGGGAGCUGCCGGCAAAGCAGAGGGACCCUCGGGACCACCCAGGAACUGAGCAGAGGGACCCCCGGGAGCAGCCAGGACCGAGCAGGAGCACAGGGACCCCCGGGAGCAGCCGGGGCUGAACUAGAGCACAGUGACUCCCGGGAGCACCCAGAGCCGAACAGGAGCAGAGGGACCCCCGAGAGGAGCCGGGACAGAGCAGGAGCCGAGAGACCCCCGGGAGCAGCCGGGAUUAAUUAAGUAGGAGCAGAGGGACCCCUGGGACCGAGCAGGAGCAGAGGAACCCCCGGGACCACCCAGGAACCGAGCAGGAGCUCAGGGACCCCCAGAAGCAACCAGGACCGAGCAGGAGCGAGGGGACGCCCGGGAGCACCCAGAACCACAGCAGAGGGACCUCCGAGAUCGAGCAGGGGCAGAGGAAUCUCCGAGAGCAGAGGGACCCCUGGGACCGAGGAGGAGUGAGGGGACCCCCGGGACCACCCACAACCAGAGCAGAAGGACCCCUGGGACCGAGCAGGAGCAGAGGGGACCGCCCAGAGUCGAACAGGAGCAGAGGAACCCCCGGGAGCAGCGGUUCCCCCGUGCCGCCGGUGCUGCGGGCAGCAUGGCGCAGUGGCAGGAGGUGCAGGGCUUGGCCAACACUUACCUGGAGCAGGUGGACCAGCUGUACGCGGGCUCGGCGCUGCCCAUGGCCGUGCGCCAGUCCCUGGCGGCCUGGAUCGAGAGCCAGAACUGGCGCCAGGCGGCGGAGCCGCUCUGCUCGCACGCCCGCAUCCUGUUCCACUCCUUACUGGUCUUACUGGGAGAGCGCGUGGGCAGCCUGGGCUCGGACCGCGAGGAUCUCACGCUGAAGCACAACCUCCGCAAGGCCCACCGCGAGCUCCAGGCUGAGUUCCAGGAGAAGCCGGAGAGAUUCGCCAACCUGGUGGCCAACCUGCUGCAGGAGGAGCAGCGGAUCCUGCGCCUCGGGCAGGCCAGGGGGCAGGAGGGGUCGGUCCCCGCGCCCAGCCCAGCUUUGGAGGGCGGGAGGGAGCAGCAGAUCCAGCGGCGUUUGGCUGAGUUCCACACAGCCCUGCAGGAAGCCGAACGAGCCUUCAGGCACCUGGAGGAUUUUCAGGAUGCUUUCGAUUUCUGCUUCAAGGUGCAUUACCGGCCAGGUGAGGAGAAGAACCAGGACCCCACGUACCUGCAGGAGCUCCAAUCCCUCCAAGCCAAACUGCAGAACCUGGACCGGCAGCGGCGGGAGGUGCUGGCGCAGAUGCAGCACCUUUUGGGGCGCAGUGAGACCCUGCAGGAGCUGCUGCAGCAGGAAUUGGGGGGCUGGAGGGUGCGGCAGCAGCGCCUGUGCUUGGGGGCCUCCGCCGACACCAACCUGCGCCCGCUGGAGACCUGGUUCACGGAGCUGGGGCAGGGGUUGUUCCAGCUGCGGCAGCUGCUGCGGGCGCUGGGGGACCUGCGACAGAAGGUGACCUACGCCAGGGACCCGCUGGUGGCAGAGAUGCCCCUGCUGGAGCAGAGGCUGCAGGAGCAGCUCACACACCUGCUCAAGAGCGCCUUCGUGGUGGAGCAGCAGCCCAGCACCCCCAACGCCGGGAAGCGGCCCCUGGUGCUCCGAACCGCCGGGAAGUUCUCGACCCGCGCCCGCCUCCUGGUGAGGCUGCAAGACCGCAACCACCGCAUGGAGGCGCGGAUCCACAUCGACAGGAACCCUCCCAACAUCAAAGGGUUCCGCCGGUUCAACAUCCUGACAUCGAGCAGCAAAACGCUCCUGGCCGGGGACAGUCCCCAGGAGGGGCUCAUCUGCGACUUCCAGUACCUCACGCUGAAGGAGCAGAAGGACAGCAGGGCUGGCAAGGGCAAAGGUGCCAGCGGCGAGCAGGGUCCCCUGGUUGUGACAGAGGAGCUGCACCUCAUCACCUUCACGCUGGCCUACGCCUACUGCGGGCUGGAGCUGGAGCUGGAGGCCACCACGCUGCCCUUUGUCAUCAUCUCCAACAACAACCAGUUCUCCAGCGCCUGGGCCUCCAUCCUCUGGUUCAACAUGCUCAGCUCUGACCCCAAGGCCCAGCAGUUCUUCUCGUCCCCACCUCCAGCCCCGUGGCCCCGGCUGGCCGAGGUGCUGAGCUGGCAGUUCCAGAGCGUGGCCGAGCGGGGCCUGAGCCGGGACAACCUCCUGAUGCUGGCCAAGAAACUCCUGGGGUCGAAGCCGUCGCCGGACAGCACCGUGGCCUGGCACAAGUUCUCAAAGGAUGGAGCCUCCGGUUUCUCCUUCUGGGCCUGGCUGGACGGGAUCCUGGGGCUGCUCCAGGAGCACCUCAAGCAGCUCUGGAAGAACGGACUCAUCCUGGGCUUCGUGAGCCGCAAGCAGGAGGAGAAGCUGCUCAAGUCCAAGAGGACGGGGACGUUCCUGCUGCGCUUCAGCGAGAGCGUCCUGGGUGGUGUCACCUUCACCUGGGUGGAGCACCACGAGACAGGGUCCCCCACUUUCCACGCCGUGGAGCCCUACACAGCCUCGGAGCUGGUGUCGCUGGCCCUGCCCGACAUCAUCCGUGACUACCACAUGAGCCUGGAGGAGAAGAAUCCAGAGAAUCCCCUCAAGUUCCUGUACCCCAACACCCCCCGGGACGAGGCCUUCGGGCCCUACUACAGCCAGAGGCUGGAGGGGAACCUGAGCGAGUCCCAGAAAUACCUGAACCGGCGCCUCAUCCGCGUGUCCUCCAGCCCCUCUGUCUGUCCAUCCAGGCCGCCCAACCGGCGUCAGACCGAGGAGGAGCUGCAGGCGGCCACCGAGAACCUGGAGACGCUGCAGCUGCAGCCCCGAGGGCAGGGGACACCCGGGGGCCUGGGGACACCUCAGGGGGUGCCCACGAGCCCAGGGACACUGCAGAUGGUGGUCGCAAGCCCAGGGGCUCUGCAGGUCAUCCCUGAGAAUCUGGGGAUACCUCAGACUCUGCAGAUGGUGGCCACGAGCCCAGAGAUGCCACAGGUCACCCCUGGGAACCUGGGGACACUUCAAGGGGUGGCCAUGAGCCCAGGGACAGUUCAGAUGGUGGCCACGAGCCUAGGGACUGUGCAGACGGUGGCCAUGAGCCCAGGGACACUACAGGUCACCCCUGAGAAUUUGGGGGCACUUCAAGGUGUGACCAUGAGUCCAGGGACAGCACAGGUCACCCCUGGGAACUUGGGGACACUUCAAGGUGUGACCAUGAGUCCAGGGACAGCACAGGUCACCCCUGGGAACUUGGGGACAUUUCAAGGGGUGGCCACAAGCCCAGGGACUUUACAGGGGUCAGCCACAAGUCCUGGGACACUACAGGUCCCACCUGGGAACCUGGGGACACCACAGGUGGGGACCCUGCAGCCCCCAGGCUUGGGGACACUACAACCACAGCCCCAAAGGCUGGAGCCACCACAGGUGACACCAGGAGUCCCCAGCCUCCAGGGGACACUGCAGGUGGCACCAGGAGCUGUGCAGGUGCUGCCUGGGGGCCUGCAGGUGCUGCAGGUGGCCUCAGGGGACUUGGGGACACCGCAGGGGACAGCGGAGCAGGGGACACUGCCAGCAGAGCUGAGGGACCUGGAGCUGCUGCCAGGGGGACAGGACAUUCAGGAGCUGCUGCAGGGGCUGCAGCCACCCUCGGGGACCUUGGGGACGUUGGGGACACUGGGAGUGGCCGAGCUGAUGCCGGACGUGGUGGCGACCUUGGAGGAGAGCCUGGAGGAGAGCCUGGAGCAGAGCUUCCAGCUGAGCCCUGGCAGCGCGGCUCUCCUGGCCCAGCACGAUCCGUUCCUGCCUCAGCCCGAGGACUCGGCCCUGCCCGCGGUGCCCUCGCUGUUCACCGACCUCCCCCCGCUGCACAUCGACGCCAGCGACUUCCAGUGACCCCUCCCCGAUCCCCUCCUUUCCAGGGACCCCUCCCCUCCUGGGGACCCCUCUCCGGUCCCUUCCCUUCCGGGGACCCCUCCCCAACCCUUUCCGUUCCAGGGAUCCCUCCCCAGCCCCUUCCAGGGACCCCUCCCUGGUCCCUUUCAUUCCAGGGACCCCUCCCCAGUCCUUUCCCUCUUGAGGACCCCUCCCCUCCCGGGAACCCCUUCCCUCCCAGGGACCCCUCUCCAGACCCUUUCGUUCCAGGGACCCCUCGCCGGUCCCUUCUCUUCCAGAGACCCCUCCCCAGCCCCCUCCAGGGACCCCGCCUCGGUCCCCUCCUUUCCGGGGAUCCCUCCCCAGCCCCUUUCGUUCCAGUGACCCUUCCCCGGUCUCUGCGUUUCCAGGGACCCCUCCCCAGCCCCUUCCCUUCCAGGGACCCCUCCCCUGCCUCUUCCCUCCUGGGGACCCCUCCUUGGUCCCUUCCCUUCCAGGAACCCCUUCCGGAGACCCCUCCUCAGUCCCUUCCCUUGUGUGGACCCCUCUCCAGUCCCUUUCAUUACAGGGACCCCUCCCCAGUCCUUUCCCUCCUGGGGACCCCUCCUCAGCCCCUUCUCUUGCGGGGACCCCUCCCAGGGACCCCUCCCCGGUCCCUUCUUUUUUAGGGACCCAUCCCUUCCUUUCCAGGGACCCCUCCUCAGUCUCUUCCAGGGACCCCUCCCCUGCCCCUUCCGUUCCGGGGACCCCUCUCCGGUUUCUUCCCUCUCGGGGACCCCUCCCCACCCCCCCCUCUCUGUAAAUUAACCCCUUCCCACCCCUUUAUCUGUAAAUUAACCCCUUCCCCCCCACACUGGCCUCUCUCUGCUCUCCUUGGGAGCUUUAUUAGAAACGGAGAAAUACCCGAGAUAAAUAAA